GUUGGUUGUUGUCUCUUCAGGCUGAGCGGCUGUGAGCUCUCAGAGAGAAGCUGUGCAGAUCUGUCCUCUGUCCUCAGCUCCCAGUCCUCUAGUCUGAGAGACCUGGACCUGAGUAACAACGACCUGCAGGAUUCAGGACUGAAGCAGCUGUCUCCUGGACUGAAGAGUCCUCACUGUCGUCUGGAGACUCUCAGUCUGUCGGGCUGUCUGGUCUCAGAGGAAGGCUGUGCUGCUCUGGCCUCAGCUCUGAGCUCCAACCCCUCCCAUCUGAGAGAGCUGGACCUGAGCUACAACCAUCCAGGA